CGGCUCUUGGCGUACCUCCCGAACAGGCGAAAAUCGAUUUCACCUCAGCUUCACAUUCGAUCUCUCCGUUUGAAGGCAAUCAACGGAUUGAUCUGACUUUUCACCAGCAUGGCUUUACCACUCUUCUCAUGGUCACAACUGCGCAUCGUCGGCUCGACACUCAGUGCUGUGUCUGCUCGUCGCUGGAACUCGACCGCUGCCUCAAGUGCUGCCUCGACCGCUGAGCGAUCUUUCCAACUCAGUACCGACCACCACGUCUCGCGGCCGAGGCUUCGUCGAGCAACCCGUCGAGCUGCUUUCGACGAGCAGAAGACUGCCCACGAAAGCCGACCCCUGGAGAAGUUUCAGUCUCGUCGCUGGCAGGCCGGUGAUAUUUAUGCUCCUCAUGAUCUCAGUCCUGCGCAGAUGAGAGAAUGGGGCGAGCCCCGCUCACCGCCCACCGAUAUCUUCGUUUCUCUGAACUUGAAUCCUUUAAGUCUGUACAAGAACUUCUCGAUCAUGUCCGAAUACAUGUCACCUAUGGGCCGGAUCAAACACCGCCGCGACACGGGUCUGCGUCCAGUCAAUCAACGAAAAAUGAGCAAGGCUAUUCGUAGGGCAAUCGGGCUUGGGUUAAUGCCCAAAUCAAUCUGGGCUGCCAACCCCACCACUACGAGGGGUCAGCCCACCCAGCUCUCGUCGGACGCCAAAGGCGAGCGCCUUGCAUAUGCGGCGAACAAGUCCAUCUUCUUGCGCUCCAUAGACAACCCGGCCAUCGCCAGGCAGUAUACUGAACACAAGGCCCAGACAACAGUCGCCCGCUUUUCUCCUUCUGGAUUCUAUGUGGCCAGUGGAGAUGCGACCGGUAUUGUGCGUGUUUGGGACUGUGUUGGAGACGGCAUCACGAAAGGUGAAUAUAGCAUUGUGAACGGCCGCAUUAAUGAUCUUGCCUGGGACGGCGACUCGCAACGCAUAAUUGCAGUUGGCGAUGGCAAGCAGCGUUACGGGCAUUGCAUUACCUGGGACAGCGGUAACACAGUCGGCGAAAUAUAUGGACACACCCAACAGAUCAACUCUGUUUCCAUCAAACAGCAGAGACCGUUGCGGGCCGCUGCUGCGGGUGAUGAUAAGAAUCUCGUCUUCUAUCACGGCGCACCUUUCAAGUUCAAUACAGGUAUCCGAGACAAGCACAUCAACUAUAUCUACGGUGUUGGCUUUAGCCCCGAUGGCUCAACAUUAGUCAGUGUCGGUGCUGACCGGAAAAUCUGGCUAUACGAUGGAAAAACCGGUGAGCCGAGAAGUCAAAUUGGGGAUGGCGAGCAUAAAGGAAGCAUUUUUGCUGUCUCGUGGGCUAAAGAUUCGCGCAAGUUUGUGACUGCCAGUGCUGACAGAACCGUGAAGAUUUGGGAUGUAGAAGCGGGUAAGGUUACACAGAGCUGGGAACUAGGAGAAGAAGGAGCGUCAAACAUCCGAGAUCAGCAAGUUGGUGUGGUAUGGCCUCCAGCGAGAAGUGACAACCUACUCAUCAGUCUUUCGUUGAGCGGGGACCUGAAUUACCUCGUCGAAGGCACUCCCAAACCCCGGCAGAUAAUCCAGGGCCAUCAAAAGAACAUUACAUCCCUAGUCCAGUUCAGCUCUGGUAGCGACACAGAGACACUAUGGUCAGGUAGCUUUGACGGGAGGGUCUGUCACUGGGAUUUGCCCACGGGAUGUGCGGAAGAAGUGGAAGGGGACGGACAUACGGCCUACAUCGCCGGGCUCGCUCCGACUCGGGAGGGCACCGGCCGCAUCUACAGCGUCGCUUGGGAUGAUACGAUUCGAUCCGUUGAUCUUGGUGCCAAAACUUAUACUGGCAUCUCGGCCAAAUUGUCUGGCCAACCCAAGGGCAUCGCAACCGCGAAGGACAAGAUAGUAGUCGGGACGACCGAGAGCGUGGAGAUCUAUCAUGAUGGGCAAAAGUCUGCUGAAUUCAAGCCCCAGUUUGCCGUGACCACAGUCGCAGCCCAUGGUAGUCUUGCUGCCAUAGGUGGGGAGGACUCCUCAGUCCUAAUCUGCGACAUUUCAGCCCAGGGUUUGACCCCCAAGACCGAGUUCAAGGCAUCACGGAACGCGAUCUCGGCAUUGGCGUUCUCGGUGGAUGGUUCGCUUCUGGCCGUUGGGGAUACUCGGGGCCGCGUGCUGGUCUACCAGGCUACUGAUGGUCAAUUGGUCACUGACCGGUGGACAGCGCACACCUCCCGAGUUACCUCAAUCGCUUGGAACGAGGACAAUACCCAUGUGGUCAGUGGAGGGCUUGACACCAACAUCUUUGUGUGGAGCUUGACUAAACCAGGAGACUGGCUGCAAGUAUCGAAUGCCCACAGAGAAGGUGUGAAUGGAGUUACUUGGAUUGCGGGAGGAUCCAAGGUUGCCUCGGCUGGAGCGGAUGCAGCAAUUAAGCUGCGAUAUGCGACAUUUGUCCUACCGCGGACCGGUCAGCGCCUAAAAGGUCUUAUCCAUCUACGGAAUCCGGGUUCAGGGUUGAAUGGCAGUAGCGAAGAUGAGGAGCGCCGAGCGCUUCUGAGCGGCGAGAUUGUUACUUCUCACAGCAGGCUACCUGCGCGUCUGUGGGGUAAAGUCAAGAAGAUAGGCCCGCAAGCGCAUGGAUUCCUCUCAUCAGAACUGGGAAUCGGCGUCUUGAAAUGUAGUCUGGCUUAUCUGCUCGGCUCCCUCGCGACCUUUGUGCCCGCUAUAUCCUCAUUCUUGGGCCAUCAAGAUGGCAAACACAUGGUGGCCACAGUUACAGUUUACUUCCAUCCGGCGCGCUCGCAAGGGAGCAUGUACAAGGCCUUGAUCUGUGCUUUCGCCGCGUUCCUUUACGCCGCUCUCGUUUCUGUAACCAGCAUGUUCGUCUCGAGGUUCUUUCAGGACACCUUAGGCAUGUUCCUCCUCGGUCACGCUGUCGUCUUGAUCGUGUUUUGUGGAGGAGGUCUGGGCUUCAUUGGAUGGACAAAACAAAGGCUUGGCGAUCCUCUUGUCAAUGUCGCUUGUUCUCUGGCUUCUCUUUCUACCAUCACGGUGUUGACAAAGGAAGGCGCGGUGCAAAGUGGUGAUCUGUCAUUUGCAAAGAUCUCCCAAGUCUUAAAGAUGGUGGUGAUGGGCGUAACUGCUUCCAUGGCAGUGUCCUUCUUGAUCUUUCCGAUAUCGGCGAGAAGGCAGUUGCGAUCAAACCUCACCACAGUCACAGAAACCUUGGCAACCAUGUUGGCAUUGAUCACUGAGAGCUUUCUAAGUGGCUCGGAAGAGGAGCUUCAAACGGCGGAAUUUCGUGAAACCGCCGCACGACAUAAAAAAGCAUAUGGUCAGCUGGACAAGCUUGUGCGUGAAGCAAAAAUGGAGCAUUUCGUUGUAGGCACAGAAAAGGAAUACAGAUUGGAGAAGACAUUGGUCCGCUGGGUCCAAGACAUCACACAUAACCUGGGCGGAUUGCGCAGUGCUGCUCAUCUGCAAUUCCAGCUGCUCAAACAAACCAAAGCUGUUGAGACUGCCUACCAGGGGCCAGAAGAUUUGAAUUUUGGACUCGGUUCUCUUCCGCUACCUAGUCCAUGGUCAUUGCAGGAAGAUCGUCCGCUCCUGGAACCUAUAUAUGAGAGACCGGAAGAAGAGUUAUUGGAAGCAACGGCUGGGGCCGGGUACGAUGCUUGUGCCGAAAAUGGUGUUAGUACUGGAGAGGGGCAGAUCCUUCACCCGGCGGACAUUUUUGCUAUAUUUAUUAGCCAUCUGGGGCCCUCGAUGAGGUCUCUCGCCUUCACCUUGAAGGAGAUAUUCCGCGACAUUCCUUUUAAGCCGGAAAACGACUAUCGAGUAUCAAUCAAUAGCCGAUACCGCUCGAGUCUUGAUCGGGCGCUGGAGUUAUACCGAGAUUCGCGAGAAGAAGCGCUCAAGACCAUUUAUCGGCAACGAGAAGUUCUAGGGAUUCAGACGCUGGCAGUUGAGGCUGAUCUGGAGGAGGUGUCUGCUAGCUGCGGGCACUUCAGUUUUUCAUUGCUUGAAUUUGGGGAACAGCUGAAAGAGCUUCUCGCCAUUCUCGACGAGCUGCAGCUUGAGAAUGAGGAGAGGCCAAAUGGCCGAUCAUGGAACUGGCUCAAGAUCUGGCGCUGGACCUCAGACCUGACAACAAAGGAGGAAAGAUUGGAUGUCACACUGGAGCAGGCUCAGUUGGGCGAUACCAGUAUCCCCAAGCCGCUCGGGAGUUCGGCUCUAUCAUCCAAUGCCAUCGCAACAAGUCCUGCAAAGCAACGACUUGGGUAUCGCUUGUGGCGUUCCCUGGGCGUUUUUCGCCGGGACGACACCAAGUUUGCGAUCAAAGUCGGCACCGGCGCUGCGCUUUAUGCUUUACCCGCGUUUGUUCCGUCCACUCGACCAGUGUAUGGCCACUGGAGAGGCGAGUGGGGUUUACUUUCAUAUAUGUUGGUUUGUUCCAUGACCAUUGGAGCAUCGAACACGACGGGCUACGCUCGAUUUCUCGGUACUUGCUUGGGCGCCGGUUGUGCUAUCCUCUCAUGGUAUGUCACCGGUGGAAAUGUGUUUGGUCUCGCAUUUCUAGGCUUGCUCAUGGCUAGUUGGAAUUUUUACAUUAUCAUUGUGCGAGGUCAGGGGCCGAUGGGCAGAUUCAUUAUGCUAACAUACAACCUCUCGGUGCUCUACGCCUAUUCACUUGCUCAAAGAGAAGGAAGGAAUGACCAAGAUGAAGGAGGAGACAGCCCCAUUAUCACCGAGAUUGCCCUUCACCGCGUAGUCGCUGUCUUAUCGGGCUGUCUCUGGGGCAUCAUUAUCACACGGAUGAUCUGGCCGAUCAGUGCGCGAGAGAGGCUGAAAGAUGGACUGAGUCUGCUAUGGCUUCGCUUGAGCUUGAUCUGGAAGCGUGGGCCCUUGUCCACUAUGGCCAACCCACAGGAGUCUGCCGGAUUUAUGAGCGCCCGGGAGAAGCUAGAGGUCGAACGGUUCUUGUCACACCUGGAGUCUCUGCAAGUCUCCGCCCGUUCCGAGUUCGAGCUAAGGGAAGCGUUUCCCGAUGCUAGCUAUGGUAAUAUUCUUCGUCGGACCCGCAGCAUGGUGGACGCCUUUGUAGCCAUCAACCUGGAACUGCUCAAGAAUAUGACGGCAUCCGAGGGAGAAUUAUCGAUCUUGAGAUACACUGUGAAGGAAAGGCAACAGCUGUCUUACCGGAUCAGUCAUUUGCUGACAGUUAUGGCCUCUUCGAUGAAGCUGGAAUAUCCCUUGAGCGAUGCUCUUCCCAACGUCGAGCACGCCCGGGAUCGACUCCUGGCGCGUCUCUUCCACUAUCGUAAAGACCCCGAAGCAAGCCGGACGUCGACCGACGAGGACUACGCCCUAUUGUAUGCAUAUGUCCUAGUAGUGGGGCAAUUGUCUUGUGAGAUUGAAGCUAUCCUCCAGGAAAUAGGUCACCUUUUUGGAGUUUUGGAUGAGGAUGCCGUGAAGUUGUAUGCUUAGAUAUUGUUGACGCGAUGGAAACAGGGACUGGGAGUGUACGGGCACAGGGAACAGAAUCGCUGGUGGGGGGUCAAAAAGUAGUAUUCAAGAAGAAAAUCAAUUUAAUCAAUUAGAUACCG